CCGAGAUCAGAGCGAGAGCGCCUGGGGGUGGGAGCAGAAGGAGAGCAAGGGCGUCUGAUGCCAGCUGCCAACAUGACAGAAACCCUGCAGCUCCCAGCCCUGCAAGUGCCCGAGCAGCAGGGGCUGGAGGGCUGUGCCUGGUCCAGCUCGUCCACCCCGACCCUGCGCAGGAAGCGCUUCAAGAUGAGGCGGAUGAAGAACGUGCAGGAGCAGAGCCUGGAGGCCGGCAGGUACCAGGAUUCUCCUUCCUCCAGCAAGGAAUACCUGCAGCUCCCAUCCAUUGAGAUCACCCCCUCCAGUGACGAGGACACCCCCUGGUCCAACUGCUCCACACCCAGUGCUUCCCCGCGGCGCAAGCGCUUCCUCCUUCGGAAGUGGCUGCGCGUCAGAGAGAAGAAGGAGUGCAGUGAGAGCAGCUGCUGUUGGGAGGAAGCGAGGACGAGACAGAAACCAAGUAGCAGCCAGCAGAGCAGCCAGCAGAGCAGCCACGAUGACGACUCAGCCCGGUUCCUGAGCCCUUUCCUGCGGGAGGACAGUACUGCCAGUAACUCCAACCGCAGCACUCCUGCCUGCUCCCCGAUCCUGCGCAAACGCUCCCGCUCCCCGACGCCGCAGGACGCCCCGGGAGACGCCAUGGUGGAGAAGGGCUCGGACCACUCCUCAGACAAAUCCCCUUCCACGCCGGAGCAGGGUGUCCAGCGGAGCUGUUCCUCCCAGUCAGGCCGCAGUGGGGCCAAGAACUCCAAGAAAAGCCAGAGUUGGUAUAAUGUGUUGAGUCCAACAUACAAACAACGGAAUGAGGAUUUCAGGAAACUCUUCAAGCAGCUCCCGGACACGGAGCGACUCAUUGUGGAUUACUCAUGUGCUCUCCAACGAGACAUCCUCCUGCAGGGCCGCCUCUACCUCUCGGAAAACUGGAUCUGCUUCUACAGCAACAUCUUCCGCUGGGAGACACUGCUGACCGUUCGCUUGAAGGACAUCUGCUCGAUGACCAAGGAGAAGACAGCCCGGCUCAUUCCCAAUGCCAUCCAAGUUUGCACUGACACUGAAAAGCACUUUUUUACUUCCUUUGGGGCUCGAGACAGGACGUACAUGAUGAUGUUCAGACUCUGGCAGAACGCUCUGCUUGACAAGCCUCUGUGUCCAAAGGAGCUCUGGCACUUUGUCCACCAGUGCUAUGGGAACGAGCUGGGUCUGACCAGUGAUGAUGAAGACUAUGUGCCUCCUGAUGAUGACUUCAACACAAUGGGCUACUGUGAGGAAAUCCCCGUGGAAGAGAACGAAGUCAACGACAGCUCCUCCAAGAGCAGCAUGGAGGCCAAGCCAGAAGCCAGCCCUCAGCUGCCAAAGAAAUCUGUCACUGCCAGCACCCUGACAUCCACGGGCAGCAGUGAAGCUCCAGCCUCGUUCGAUGGAGUGCUCCCAGAAGAGGAGGAGGCAGUGGCAGAGAGCCCUGUGGAAAAAGACCUCGGCAUUGCAAAUAUCAUGGGAGAGAAGAUGGACAUCAUUGGCCCUGUGAACUCCCCUUCCCUGGACUUCAAUGACAACGAAGACAUUCCCACUGAGCUCAGUGACUCCUCAGAGACCCACGAUGAAGGGGAAGUCCAGGCCUUUUACGAGGACCUGAAUGGCCGUCAGUACGUGAACGAGGUGUUCAACUUCAGCGUGGACAAGCUCUACGACCUGCUCUUCACAGACUCCCAGUUCCAGAGGGACUUCAUGGAGCAGCGCCGGUUCUCUGAUAUUAUCUUUAAUCCCUGGAAGAAGGAAGAAAAUGGCAAUCAGACCAGAGUGAUCCUGUAUACCAUUACCCUCACCAACCCUCUGGCCCCCAAAACUGCCACUGUCACAGAGACACAGACAAUGUACAAGGCCAGCCAGGAGAGCGAGUGCUAUGUCAUAGAUGCAGAGGUGCUAACCCACGACGUCCCCUACCACGAUUAUUUCUACACCAUCAACCGCUACACGUUGACUCGUGUGGCCAGAAACAAAAGCCGACUCAGGGUUUCCACGGAGUUACGUUACAGGAAACAGCCUUGGGGACUGGUGAAAUCCUUCAUUGAGAAGAAUUUUUGGAGUGGCCUGGAGGAUUAUUUCCGUCAUUUGGAGAGCGAGCUGGCCAAGACGGAGAGCACGUACCUGGCCGAGGUGCACAGACAAUCCCCCAAGGAGAAGGUGAGCAAGCAAUCCACGGUGCGGCGCCGGAAACGCGCCCACGCCCACCUGCGGGUGCCACACCUGGAGGAGGUGCUGAGCCCCGUCACCACCCCCACCGACGAGGAGGUGGCACACCGCAGCAAGCACGUGGCAGGUUCCACUCAGACACGGCACAUCCCCGAGGAAAGCCCCAGUGGCUUCCACCUGCAGAGUGUCUCCAAGCUGCUCCUUGUCAUCAGUUUUGUGAUCUGUUUCAGUCUGGUGCUGCUGGUCAUUCUCAAUAUGAUGCUGUUCUACAAACUCUGGAUGUUGGAAUAUACUACACAGACCCUCACAGCGUGGCAGGGCUUGAGGCUGCAGGAGAGGUUGCCCCAGUCUCAGACAGAGUGGGCCCAGUUACUGGAGUCCCAGCAGAAGUACCACGACUCGGAGCUGCAGAAGUGGCGGGAGAUCAUCAAAUCCUCCGUGAUGCUGCUGGACCAGAUGAAGGAUUCCCUAAUAAACCUUCAGAAUGGCAUCGGGUCCCGGGACUUCGGGUCAGAUCCAGAGGAGAAACGGAAACGUUUCCACUGACAGGCAGGAAUGCAGGAGGCCAGAGGACGGUGUGCAAUAUGUGUAAAUAGGAUAUAUAAAUAUAUAUAUAAAUAUAUAUAUAUAUAUACAGAAUAUAAAUAUAUAUAUUAUAUACAGAUUUUAAGAGAAAAAAAAAAAACCACAAAACAAAGCCUACGUAUCGAGGGGAAGGGUUUUGACCUCCAACACUGGCUGAACUGGAGUGUCUCUGGUAGUGGGGGGGUGUGUGUGGGAGGGCUGUGCUCUCCCAGCACUGAGCUGUGCUUAGGGCCGAGCCCAGGGGUGCUCCCUGGGCCCUGCACUGCUCCUCUGUAAUAUUGCUGGCUGUUUGUCUGUCUGUCUGUUUAGUUUUUGUUGUUCCAAAGGGAAGCAUCAGCGUGAGUGCCCCCCCCCCUCCCCAGCCCCCUCCCCACGCAUGAGGGUCCCUGGUUGACUGUAUUUAUCUCUGCAUAAAAAGGGGACACUGUCAACUCCCUGACCUUGCUGGCUUCAGGGCAGAGAGGGUUUGGCCAUGGCAGUCAACCCCUUGCAGAACUGUCCCACGGUUGGAGAGGAGGCCUCGGGGAGAGUUGCUGUAGGUCUGCAGAGAGCAGGUCUCCCUGGCAGUCACCUCCUGCACCCCUGGGUGCAGAAACACAGUUGGCUGUCACAGGGGCCAGCCUGGUUCAGAGGGCGAAGGCCAGGAUGGAAAGGAGCUGAAAUGCUGUCCACAAGCACCAAUUUGCUGUUGGUGCAGCAGAAAGAGGCGAGGAGAGGGUGGGGAGGGGAGAACCUGCCCCCAAGGUGUGUGGGUGGAGCAGGGCCACCCCUGUGACAGUGUCCCCUUUACCUUGGCUGUAGUUCUCUGCUUUCCAUGUGCUUGGGCCCCUGCCAUAAAGCCAUCCCCGUGCUGAAAAUCUACAUCUGUGCUGAACAGGCAACUCCCCACGAGGGUGGGAGUACCCCAACCGAAAAACAAACCCCAAAUUAGGAUUUAUGUGCAGCCACUGCCCAGCUCAGCAAAUCUCUCUCCUGCCCCUGGUCUACAAGACCAUUUUGUUCGUAUCUUGUCUUAUAAAAUCUGUGGGAAAACAUUAGUGAGAAAAAUAACUUGAUUUCCUUCCCUGGGAUAAACUUACAUGUUUGUGGCUAUGCAGCAACAGCCACCACUGUGGGUAUCUGUGACUGCAUCUGUGUGCACCAAGGCUUCCAAAAACCCAGGAGAGGUGAGGAAGGGUCACAGG